AUGAUACCUAACAUAGUGAGAGACUACCAAUCACGUAUUAAGAAGCACUUGAAGAAUCUACAAAAAAUAAGAAGCAAGAGAAAAAUAACUACUGGUAAUGUAGCAGAAGGUUGCACGAUUAUCAGUCGCUCAACUCUGUUCAAGAAGAGAGUUUAUUUAGGUAUUAAGGAUGAUGGCAUUUCUCGCAUUAUACUUUCGACAAAGAAAAUCCACCAAUAUCGUUUGCCUCUUUGGGGAACUACAGCAGCAGUUGUUACCAUAAAUGAUAUCAAAGUACUAACCGAUACAGAAUGUGCCUCCCUAAAUGAGGAUAAGUGCAUUUUUUGUUUCGAGUGUAUUAAUGGAAAUGAGUCGGAAGCAGAUAUAGUGGAGCCUAAUCAAGUAAUAUCAACGGCAAUUACUGAAAUUGAUUUGAAAUCUCAAACUGACGAUUUAGGUUCUGAAAGACUGGAAUCACCUCCUAUUAUUGUGGAGACACCCUGCGAACAUCGUUUUCAUAAAAAAUGUCUCUCAUCGUGGAUAGAGUAUAAUAUAAGACGUGAUUCAUCAUCCCUAGAUCUACAAGAGCCAAUGAUAGGUAUAACUGAUAGUGGAUGCUGUUCAUGUGAUCGAACUCAUUUACUGUGUCCUAUCUGUCGCUUUGAUAUAAGUAUCUUCAAAUUGGUGUGCACAAACUUAGACAUCCCAAUUUGUAGAUGUACUAUUAAAAGAGAAUGA